CAGAUUUUGGGUAGGAGCUCGUCUCUAGCACGGAACGCGUAAUUAAGUUACCUCCUGCAGGGAUACGGGACACGAGCUGGAGAAACAAGCACUAAUGAUUGAACGCGUCUCAUGCGGGCAAUAUUUUUAGUAUUAUGUCAGUUGAGAAUAUGUGUGCAACGGUUGUUGCCUUGGACAAUUCUUAAUUAAAAAAGAAAAAUUCUUACGAAAAUAAUAGGAAUAUAUUUUUGAAGGAUUCUUGUUUAAUGGUAUGUCUGAACUCAUGUUCUCCAACUAUUCCCGAUUUACCACCUCUCCCCUCAUACUCUGUCCGUCAGAGUCAUGUUUUGGUGUUGUCCCACACUUGACUGUGAUAAGAACAAAAAAAUACCGUCUUUUACGAGUUGCAUCAAGCCAAGAACUAAUUCGAGUGAUGGUACCAACGCAAGCAGACUUCAUGCCAGCAGCCCAGUUGAUGGCAGCCACACCAAUCCGUGCCUGGAUGACGUGAGCGUGUCUGAGCACGAAGUGAUUUACUCUCGUACAGCAUUGAGAUUCCCCGACUCGCCUUCUUACAAUAGCAGUCCUAGUCCUGAAUACUUCAGAUCAAGUGUAUCAUACGAUUCAGGUGAGCUCAUAUCAACCGUUCAAGCAAGAAGGGACAACUGUAGACAACCCAUCUCUCGUGAGGUGACCGCGAGCGUGCAGAGCGAAAGAGCCCCGACAACUGCUGUUUCCACCGUAGCUUCUUUGACAGAAAAAAGUAGAGGUUUAGGCAACUGGUGGAAGUUUGGCUUCAGAACUUCAAAUUCUCUUCUUCAAGAAACAAUUUGUGAAAGGGUUUGUGAUACAGAUCCUUUUUCUUGUAAGACUCAACAGAAAGACGAACAGGAGCAUCGUUUAAGCAGGUUGGGGCCUAGCAAAAGCAGCGGGUAUCCGUGCGUGUUGGUGUGUGAGAAGACUUCUAAGAAGGUGACCCGACGGAAACGGAAUGCCCGGACUUCCUUGUCGCUUCCAACCUCUGCUGCCUUCGUGCCAGAUUUCGAGGAUGAUACAGUUUUACUAGACAACACCGCGCUCGAGCUUGAGUAUGCUUCCCUGCGGGAUGCAAGCGUAGCUGAACAAAAGCUGCAAGGAAUCCCUCUAAAAGACCACGAAGCAGGAGCGGCUGCCUUGCCAGACAUGGAGGGCGGAGGCCCCCAACCUCCUGCUGGAAGAGGACAGUCGAGGUCUACCAUGCCUCUGAAUUCCUCUGGACCAGGCGUGGAGGGAUGGUUACAUGAACCUGUUACAGUGCACGGAACUUCGACUGAUACGAAUCCCUACACACAAGCCGAGGGAACCGCUCAAAGAACAGUCACGGAGCAAAGCUUUUCGCAAGACACAGCUUUCCAAUCGUUGCGCGAAGCAACCCAAAUCAAUCAAGAAGAAGUAUGUAGAAAUGACCAAGUUUUAUCAGCAAGACGGGUACCUUCAGAUACAUUGUUUGCAUCCAACUCCUCGUAUUCAGCAUCUAACUCUUCUUUUGCUGGUAGAAGUAACGUCUUUCCGGGUCCAGGCAGAUCUUGGGGCUUGAAUAGAAUGAUGUCCUUACCUAUGGAGGCAGAAGCUUCGUUGUCUCUUCGAGAAAACAUAGGAUCAGACUCGAUCUGGCAGCACCGAACGGGCGGUUCGUUGCAACGUCAGUCGUCUCUAGAGAGCGGAGGUGCGGACGAGCCUUCCCGCCCUACGCUCCUGUGGCACUCCGACUCCACGACUCCGUCAGAUGACGAGGACGGACAGGCUGACCAGACUAAGGCGGUCACUCCGUUCACUGAAGUGGAGCAGCUCAACAAGGUGAAUGAAGAUAUGGCAGAGUUGCUUGAGAGCAGCGACACCGCAUCAGGGAAGGACGCUGACAAAAUUAAAGUUCAGUGUGUGGCAUUGUGGCAGCUGCGUAGCACUUUGGAAGACGAAGAUCCGGACUCCGACAAUCUGAAAACCGGACAAACUCCCGAUGAGAGCUCCCCAGAUUCCGACAUGGCGGACAAGCCAGGAUCGCAGGAAGACAACAACGUGAUCCUUAUGACGCCGGAGGCUCGGCGCACGUCUUACCGAGCCAUCCUGGCGCGUAGGCUGAAGCACCAGGAAGGGCUGUCCGGAAUGAUUAUCUCGUCUGACAACAGCUUCGAUUCUGUAGACACUGACAACUCUUCCGUCACUGACUUCAUCCGCCAUGAUGCCAAUGUCAGCGUUGACUCGGCUUUCGAUGCGUCUGUAGAUUCAGUCCCCGAAUCACGAGCUCCGAGGCCUCACCAGAUGAAGAAAACAGACAGCGGCUACAGGAGUAUAGAAGUUGCGAGCACAAGUCGCUAUUCUAUGGCCAGCUGGUCUCAGAAUACUUUCGAAGAAAGUGUUCACCAUCCCACGUUUAGCAUUCGAGGUACAAUACCUAGUAGUGAUAAUGAAGAGAAAUCAACUGAAGAUGAUGAGAUGUCAAGCAAUAAGAGUCCAGAUGAGCCUACCUUGGAAUUUAAGGAUAAGCAGCUGGCUAGGUCGCAGCAGUUUCAUUUAAGCCGCAAACUUUGGCAUAGUGUAAGCGUUGAGCCUUCUUUUAUGGAGACCGACGGUCCUUGCAGUUCGAAACUAACUGAUCCGGGCGACGUGUCUGCAUACCCGUGUUCAUCGUCAGCGCUAGUCGUUGGGCGCAAAAGGAGGGAGAUGGACGCUUCUAGAAAUGACGAAGUCAGUGGGAAAAGAUCUGUGAUGCACCGAUUUAUGAGUCCUCAUAAGUAUUCCAAGUCUCAACUCCGAGCGUUACAAAGAGAUUACUCCAUCGACGAGAAAUCCGAUCGUCUUUUCAAAGAGUUUAGCAGAACUGAGCCGUUUUAUGAAAUGGAGUACAAUAGCUAUACGAUACCAAGGAGAGGAAGGCGCAACAGACGACGUGCGAGACAUUUAGAAGUGACCGAAUGUUCGCCACUAUCUCAUCGUAGGAAACUUUCUCCGCAAGACUCUAUUGAGGAAGAAAGCUCAAUGGACACUGGCCGUGACUCGUCUAUGACACGGAGUGAGGGAGCGAUGGCUGUUGCUGCUUCACCCGAUGUUGUUCCUACUUCCCUGUGGCCUCCUCCACCUCCGGUCGGUGGACUCAAGCAGCCCUUCUCUAACUGAUUUUCCACAAAUAUAAGGAACUGCCUUGUAGAACCUAUGUCUUUCAGUACUUAGAUUUAGAAUCUUAACGCUCAUUGUAGAAAACACCUUAUAGUUAUGACAAUGUAUCUUAACACAUGUUUCCUUCUAUUUUUUCUUUUGAAAAUUUCGCUAUAGUGGCAUCAACAUUCAACGCAAAACCCCGAUUUAAAAAUAGUUUUGCAGUCCCUUUGCAUAUGUAAAUUGUUGCUUCAAGUGGGUGUGCUAGCGAUAUUUCGCUAACUUUGAUUAUAUGCUAAGAUUUCAACUAAUAAGCUUAAUUUCAAGCCUAUCUUUGGUAUUACUGAAUGCGUUUACAUUCAGCAAUAAUUGGCAUUAUUAUUUUUAUGUUCAAGUUGCAAAGAGGUUGUUUGUAGCCUAAUUUUCUUGGAUGUCCACUAUUUUUCGGCUUAGCAUAAGCCUAAAUGGCACUGAAUUGCCUUCCAAGCAACCCACGAAACCCAUAGAAUUUUCAUCGUCAAUCUUCAGUAAUCAGUCCAGUAUGAGGCUAUCGCUUUCAGAGAAAAUCUCCCUAAUUUUCUCAUUAAUCGUAAUGGAAAAUGACGGUUGGAGUUGAUCGGACGAGACAACUUAUGCAUGAGAAACUUGUGCAUGAGACAAAUAAAGUUUUCUCUUUUCCUUCACAUCUUGAUGAUACGGUUUGACUUCUAAAAAAUGUUUCCUCGUGUUCGCAUGUUCAGAGCAGCCAAAUUUGAACCAAACAAAAUUAAGGCUUCUAUGCUCUAGAAUGUUAAGCUUGGAUCAUUCUGUACUUAAGAAUCAAUUGAUUAUAUGGAUAGCAGUUUUUACCCAAAUGUGAUCAUUUCGUUCGAGAACUAUUGCACCACCAAUGAACUCUUGAGGAAUCUUUUCCAAGUC